AAUAAAUGUACAAAUAGGAUGGACAGUUAUUUUAAAGCAGCAGUGAGUGACUUGGACAAACUCCUUGAUGAUUUUGAACAGAAUCCAGAUGAACAAGAUUAUCUCCAGGAUGCACAGAAUGUGUAUGAUUCUAAUCACGGUUCAGUUUCUUCACAGUUGGCUUCCUCGUUACCUUUAUUAUUACCAAAAGAUCAACAAUGUUGUGCCUCAUCAGAAAUGGGCUAUGAUAAAAAUCAGAUUGCCCUGAACAGCAAAUCACCUGAGGGACUAACUCCUAAUAGACAAAAUGAGAAAAAUGUAACAGGUCUUGAUCUUCUUUCUUCUGUAGAUAAUGGUAAUUCCGAUGAAAUCAAGCCUUUAUAUGUAGGGCGAUGCAGUAAACCUGUCUGUGAUCUCAUAAGUGACAUGGGUAACCUAGUUCAUUCAACUAAUAGUGAAGAAGAUAUUAAAAAACUAUUGCCAGACGAUUUUAAAUCCAAUGUAGAUUCUUUGAUUGGAUUGGAUUUAUCUUUAGUGUCAGAUACUUUUUGCAUUACAUUAACAGAUCAAAGUAGUGAUACUGUCACAGAGGUGCAGAAUGAUGCCAACCCUGAAUUACAAAAUAGAGAACUCUCUGGAACCAAAGAAUUGGGUAUGAAAAUAGACACGCUUUCAUAUUCAUGUAAUUAUAGUGGAACAGAAAAUUUAGAGGAUGAAAAAAUCUCUAAUCAUUUAAAAUCAGUUGAUGUUAGCAUGCCAUCUGCUUUGACUCAACAAAGUUCCACGACAUUUGAUGCCAAAGACAACCCACAACACAAGAACCAGCCUUGUGAAUUAUUAAAAGACGGUGACUCUUCAGCAAAAGAGGAAGUAGAUAUAGCAACCAUACCUGCUACCAAAUGUUUAAAAGAAGGUGACACCACAAGACCUGUAUGUUGCAGUCUUCCAAAAAAUGAAGGGUUGUGUUUAAAUGAUUCUAAUUCAGGAGCCACAAAUUUCAGGUUACCUGAUUUUCCCUUUCAAGAAGAAAAGACUGCUUUACUUGUAAAACAUACUGUAAGGGAUAACUCAAGAAAUUUAGACAUUGAAGACAAUAAUGAUACAUCUCAAGAUUCCUUUGCAACUUUACUUGUUCCAGGUGAAGAUGUACAGUCUUCACUGUCCCCUCUUCCAGUAUCUGGGUCUUUGUGUGGAUCCUUAAUUGAAAAUAAUGCACAUAGUGAUUGUUUACCACCUAAAGAACAUAAAGCUAACAUAGAAGAUACAGUAUCCAUGCAUGAAGAAAUACAGAAGAAUGUUAUUCUAGGUGGGGAACCAUGUAAGGAGACUGAUCUUUCAAAACAAGAAAAAUGUAAAAAUACAUGUCUCGAGCCAGUAAUUGAAAAAACAAGAGUUGGAAAAGUAAAUCCAGAUCAAACCGUAACCACAGUGGAAUCAUUGAAUUAUCCUGAUAACAGCAGUUCUUCUGCAGGUGCAGAAUCUGUGAUGGAGGUUUCUGGUGCCAGUGCCCCAGAGUCUCCUGAUCAUUGUGAAGGCCUUACUUUUUCAGGCAAUGAUAUCAAUGGACAAGACUUAGAUUACUUUAAUAUUGAUGAAGGCAUGAAAAGCAGCUCUCUGAUUAGUGAUGCUGAACUUGAUGCCUUUUUGACCAACCAGUAUCUUCAAGCCAAUAACAUAAAGUCUUUAGAAGAAAAUUUAAAUGAUUCAAAAUCUCAAAAGAAUCAAACAGAUAUGAAAUGCCUAGAUGAUGGGAACAUCAGUAAUAUAUAUGUGAACUCUGAAACGGGAACAACAGGAGAAAGUCCUGAAAUUAACCUGAUUUGUGGAGCAGUUGAUAAACAUAAUAUAGCAGAAAACAAUGGCCUUUCUUUAGGGACAAAAAGCACAGUGCCAAUUAAAGGGGAAUUAGCUAGCAAGUCCGAGAUUACAAAUGAAUUAUCAGUCUCUGAUACUAACAGACAAUCUGUUAAUGUUGGAGGGGCCAGACCUAAGCAGUUGCUUAGCCUUCCAUCCAACACAAGGAAUUCAAAGGAAGCAAGUAAGCUGGAUGUUCCAAAUACUCCUGAAGAUGAACCCAGUGUGGCAAAUUCUAUCACCCCAACCACUGGUACUGGAGAUUCUGCAGCUGAUCCUCCUGUUAGCUUUAAUUACAUUGAUAUAGAAAGUAAUUUUGAAGCUAGAUCCAGUUUUGCCACUGCAAAUGAAGAAUCACUCUCGGAAGUACCUUGCAAAGAAGGCUUAGUUUUGGGACAGAAACAACCUCCUUGGGUUCCUGAUUCAGAAGCUCCAAAUUGUAUGAACUGUCAGGUCAAAUUUACUUUUACCAAACGACGACACCACUGCAGAGCAUGCGGAAAAGUAUUUUGUGGUGUCUGUUGUAACAGAAAGUGUAAACUACAAUACCUGGAAAAAGAAGCAAGAGUGUGUGUAGGCUGCUAUGAGACUAUUAGUAAAGCACAAGCAUUUGAAAGAAUGAUGAGUCCAACUGGUUCUAAUCUUAAAGCUAAUCAUUCUGAUGAGUCUGCCACCAUCCAGCCUCACCAGGAGCCCCAAACGUCCAGUAAUACAUCACCUACAGCUGUACCAACCUCAGCACUAAAACAGCCCUGUGUUGAAGGACUGUGUCCCAAAGAACAGAAGCGAGUAUGGUUUGCAGAUGGUAUAUUGCCCAAUGGUGAAGUUGCAGAUACAACAAAAUUACCUUCUGGAAGUAAAAGAUGUCCUGAAGAUUUAAGUCCUCUCUUACCUGAUAUGCCCUUGAUGGCAAACACAGUGGAGUGUUCCUGUCCUGCAGUUGAAAAAUCAAAUGAGAGUGGAGAUACUACCAGAAAUGAGAUUAUUCAAAGUCCUGUUUCUCAAGAUCUGUCUGUGGAGAAAUUGCCUACCAGCACAGGAACUGAGGGGUUACAUACCUCUGGUUCUUUUGAGGAUACUAUUUUUCCAGAAACUGAGCAACCAUCUAGUUCUAGUGAUGUGGUCUUAGUGAACAAUAACUUACCUGUUGCUAGCAUUUCAGAUUUGAAAUUCUUGUGUAUUAUAGACAAAUAUAUUUCUAAUAAGAUUAGUCUUCUACCUACUGAUGAGUCCAGCUUGCCUCCACUUCUGGUGACGUCUGGAGAGGCGGGAUCAGUGCCUGUAGUAGAAGAACAUCCAUCUCAGGAGCAGAUAGUUUUACUUCUUCAAGGAGAAGGGUUUCAUCCUGUUACAUUUGUCCUAAAUGCUAAUCUACUUGUGAAUGUCAAGUUAGUAUUCUAUUCCUCAGACAAAUAUUGGUACUUCUCAACCAAUGGAUUGCAUGGCUUGGGACAGGCAGAAAUUAUUAUUCUAUUGUUAUGUUUGCCAAAUGAAGAUACUAUUCCUAAGGACAUCUUCAAACUAUUUAUCACCAUAUAUAAGGAUGCUCUAAAAGGAAAAUACAUAGAGAACUUGGACAACAUUACCUUUACUGAGAGUUUUCUCAAUAACAAAGAUCAUGGAGGAUUCCUGUUUAUUACACCAACUUUUCAGAAACUUGAUGAUCUCCCAUUACCAAGUAAUCCUUUUCUAUGUGGAAUUCUCAUCCAGAAGCUAGAAAUUCCUUGGGCAAAGGUUUUUCCUAUGCGUUUAAUGUUGAGAUUGGGUGCAGAAUAUAAAGUAUAUCCUGCUCCUCUAACGAGUAUCAGAGGCCGAAAACCACUUUUUGGAGAAAUAGGACACACGAUUAUGAACUUGCUUGUUGAUCUUCGAAAUUACCAGUACACCUUGCAUAAUAUAGAUCAGCUAUUGAUUCAUAUGGAAAUGGGCAAAAGCUGCAUAAAAAUACCUCGGAAGAGAUACAACGAUGUAAUGAAAGUAAUAAAUUCUUCCAAUGAACAUGUCAUUAGCAUUGGAGCUAGUUUUAGUACAGAAGCAGAUUCUCAUCUAGUCUGUGUACAGAGUGAUGGAGUUUAUCAAACACAGGCCAACAGUGCAACAGGCCAUCCUAGGAAAGUGACAGGUGCGAAUUUUGUAGUAUUCAAUGGAGCUCUCAAGUCGUCUUCAGGAUUCCUUGCUAAGUCCAGCAUAGUUGAAGAUGGCCUUAUGGUACAAAUAACUCCAGAAACCAUGGAUGGCUUGCGGCUAGCUCUACGAGAACAAAAAGACUUUAAAAUUACAUGUGGCAAAGUGGAUGCAGUAGACCUGAGAGAAUAUGUGGAUAUCUGCUGGGUAGAUUCUGAAGAGAAAGGAAACAAAGGUGUUGUCAGUUCAGUGGAUGGAAUAUCAUUACAAGGAUAUCCAAGUGAAAAAAUAAAACUGGAAACAGAUUUUGAAACUGAUGAGAAGAUUGUAAAGUGUACUGAGGUGUUUUACUUUCUGAAGAACCAGGACCAACAAAUUUCAACAACUCAUUAUCAGUUUGCAAAAGAAAUUGCCAUCGCUUGUAGUGCUGCUCUGUGUCCUCAUCUGAAAACUCUAAAAAGUAGUGGAAUGAAUAAAAUUGGACUCAGAGUUUCCAUUGAUACUGAUAUGGUUGAGUUUCAGGCAGGAUCUGCGGGACAUCUUCUUCCUCAGCAUUAUCUAAAUGAUCUUGAUAGUGCUCUUAUCCCAGUGAUCCAUGGUGGGACCUCCAACUCGACUAGUUUACCAUUAGAAAUAGAAUUAGUAUUUUUCAUUAUAGAGAAUCUUUUUUAA